AUGGAACAGGAUAAAGACUACAUACUACCUUUUGAACCUUCCAAUUGGGAAAAAUGGAAGAGAUCUAUAAUGAUAUUUAUUUUGUCUCAAAAUAUAACUAAGGAUACACAAAAGCAAGCUAUCAUACUGCACAGAGGUGGACAAGAGCUACAAGAUAUUUUUUUUGGAAUACCAGAGCAUGGUAAUCCACCUGAUGGAACAACGGUAUUUCAACACACAAUAAAUUUGUUAGAUCAGCACUUUAUACCAAAGGUAAAUCCAGUAUUUGAAAGACAUGUUUUCAGGAAAAUAAGACAAGAAGUUAAUGAGUCAGUCGGACAGUUUAUAUCAAAGCUAGGCUAA